AUGACCGAAGAAAUUAAAGAUCAUAGAGAAAUUAAAGAACAUGUUAGUAAUAUAAAAAUUGAGGAUGAUUACGAUAGAAGACGUCGUGAAGCUCUCGCAGAAAUUGACAAUGCUAAAUUUGGAUGGUUUCAUAUAAGGACAUGCAUUGUAGCGGGUGUGGGGUUCUUUGCUGAUGCCUAUGACAUUUUUGCUAUCAAUCUUGUGGUAGUUAUGUUAGCCUACGUAUAUUAUGGUGCAAGUUCUCUCCCUCCUAAUGUCGAUUUAAGUUUAAAAGUUGCCACCCCUGUCGGAACUUUCGUCGGACAGCUCGGGUUUGGUUUGUUAGCUGACCUUAUGUACGGUCUAGAAUUGAUUAUUAUCAUCGUCUCUACAUUGGCUUGUUGCAUUGUAUCGAACUCCUUUGUCUUCGAUCCUACUACAAAAACUUUUGUCAACAACGCAAGCGUUCUCUCCGCUCAAGGCGUUAUGGUUUUCUGGCGUGUUAUUUUGGGUAUCGGAAUUGGUGGUGAUUAUCCUCUUUCAGCAGGUAAUGAAUUCGCUACGACGAAACGUCGUGGUGCUAUGAUUUCUGCUGUCUUUGCUAUGCAAGGAAUCGGUAUCUUAACCGCCGCCAUCGUUUCAACUAUUACUGUAGCAGCUUUCCAGAGUGUCAUCACUCCAAAUGAUUAUUCAAAAAUUGAUUAUGUAUGGAGAAUUGUCACUGGCUGUGGUGCUAUACCCGCCACUAUUGCCCUUUUUUAUCGACUUACUAUUCCCGAGACUCCACGUUAUACUAUGGAUAUUGAUCGUAGGGUUGAUCAAGCCGCUAUUGAUAUCACCACUGUAUUAGAACAUGGCAAAUAUAAACCUCGUGAGCAGGAAUUCGUAGUUAAAGUUGAUGCUCCUAAAUUCGGUGUCUCUGACUUCUUUCAAUAUUUUGGUAAAUGGGAAAAUGGAAAAGUUUUAUUUGGAACUGCUUUUUGUUGGUUCGCAUUAGAUGUGGCCUUUUAUGGUAUCGGCCUUAAUAAUAGUAUUAUCUUGAAAAACAUUGGUUUUCUUGGAAAUGGUAAAGAUCCCUAUGAAACUUUAUUUAAAGCUUCUGUUGGUAAUAUUAUUAUCGCAUUGUUGGGUACUGUACCUGGUUAUUGGGUUACUGUAUUUACUGUUGACUUUUGGGGAAGACGUCCUAUACAACUUAUGGGUUUUGGCCUUCUUACCGUUUUAUUCGUUAUCCUCGCUGCUGCAUACACCCAACUCUUCUUCUUUAACUUUGGUCCUAACACUACUACUUUCGUUAUUCCUGGUGAAAUAUUCCCAACUCGUUACCGUUCAACUGGUCAUGGAAUAAGUGCUGCUUCAGGCAAAUUAGGUGCAAUCGUUUCACAAGUUGGAUUUGCCAAAUUACAAUAUCUUGGUGUAAACAUAUUAUUCGCAAUCUUUUCUGCUUUUAUGUUUGCUGGUUUUGUUGUCACUUACUUCUGCACACCUGAGACAAAGAAUGUCACUUUAGAAGAGUUGUCAAAUGAAGAUCAAGAAGGCUUUGUUAAAGGUACCGUCAAAUGUUCGCAAGCAAAUUUACCUAAUGAAUAUCUUAAUCAAAAGUUACUUAUAUUAAUGAAAUAG